CGAGUGGACAAGACGGUGGACGAGAGGGGGAAGGUCGUGUCCAAGGUGCUGGGCAAGGGGGGCUUCGGCACCGUCUACGCCGGCACUCGGAUGAAGGACGGUGCGCCCGUGGCCAUCAAGCUCAUCGCCAAGGACAGAGUGCCAGCCUGGGGAGUGGUGAAUGGCCAAAGAGUGCCAAUGGAGGUGGCACUGCUCCUCCGCGUGGCACACAUCCCCCAGGUGGUGAGGCUCCUGGACUGGCUCGAGAGGGACGACUCCUUCCUGCUGAUCCUUGAGCGUCCGGACCCAUGCAAGGACCUCUACGAUUACGUGACGGAGAGAGGACCCCUGCCGGAGAGCGAGGCCAGGGAUCUCAUGCUGCAGGUCGUGAGCAUGGUCCUGGCGUGUCACAUGGCGGGCGUGAUCCACCGCGACAUCAAGGACGAGAACCUCCUAGUCACCACGGACCGCCACGGACGCGUCGCCCUCAAACUCAUCGACUUCGGUUCCGGCGCCUUCUUCGUCAGGGAUAAGGUCUACACGGACUUCGAAGGGACGAAGGUGUACUCCCCGCCCGAGUGGAUCCUGCAGAACCAGUACCAGGGCGUGCCGGCCACCGUCUGGUCGUUGGGCAUCCUGCUGUACGACUUCGUGUGCGGGGACAUCCCCUUCGAGUACGAGGACCAGAUCGUGUCGGCGCGGCUGCAGUUCCGCGGCUCGCUCUCGGAGGAGUGCCAGAGCCUGAUCCGCUGGUGCCUGCGGGUCAACCCCGGCGAUCGCCCGAGCCUCGAGCAGAUCCUGCAGCAUCCGUGGCUGAUGCUGCGGACGCGCGACGCCCUCACGCGCUCCAUCUCCACCCGCAGCGCCCCUGCCUGCGCCCCCUCAUCGCUGGCCGCGUCCGCCCACGCGUCGGCCACGUCGCCCGUCGGCUCCCUGGGUUCGGUGGGCUCGUCGCACAGCUCAGGCUCCCUGCCGCCCACGCCGCGCCCGCAGGAGAGGCUGGACUUCCCC